GCGGCAGCGCUUCUGCCUGGGUGGGCUGGGUGCCCGGGAAGAUGGGGUUUGGUGGCGGGGGCUGCUGUCUCGUGGACGCCAUCAGGCUGCUGUAGGCUCGGCUGGACCGUGAAGCUGUUGUCCAGGUUUGUCAUCUUUGGUCUCCUUCCUGAAGAAGAGAAGCUCUCGGUGCUGCAAAUUGACUGAACAAAAUUAAGAACGUGGAAUAUGGAUACAGUUGCUUGAGCACCAUUUCUUCCAAAGUGUAAAUUCAGCGGAUUGUUGGCCUGAAUGAUUGAUUGAUAAGCAACAGACACAAGACUAAUAUCAAGAAAAAAUUCUGGCUGCUCAUGCUCUGUUUGACAAAACUGAUGCAGGGUCAUAUCUUCUGAAAUGCAGUUGAAAAAAAUGAGGGAAAUUUUACCAAGAUUAUACUCUGGCCAAGUUAAUGAAGAACAUAGUUCCUUAACUACAUCUCCAAAGCAAUCUUCUGAGGAUAAAACAAAUCCAUCAAAAGGAGAUGAUGACCAAAACUGCUGUUACCAAGGGACUGAGGCUGAGAACAACAAGUUGACGCUGAUAAGCUGUAUAAGAUGCAGAAGUGUUCAGAAAAUUUCAGUGCAAGAUGUUGAAAAGCGUAAGAAGCUUGGGUGGACUGAAGACAAAAAUUUCAUCUGCAAGAAGUGUAGUCAUGCUACACCACCAGCUUUCCAUUUUGUUCCUGAGGGUGCCAAUGCUGUAGAGUUGGAAAAACAUGAAAAAAAAUCUCCAAGUAAAGCCCAGAGAAGAUUUAGAGUAAAAAACUUUCUGCCAGGUAAAUACUACUGUGAUAAAUGUAGAUUUUCAACAAAGGAUCCUUUACAGUAUAAAAAGCAUGUGGGUCAACAUGAAGAAAUUAAAUUUAUUUGUUCUCACUGUAGUUAUGUAUCCUACACCAAAGGAGAAUUCCAGAGACAUUUGGUGAAGCACACAGGAACAUUUCCGUAUCAGUGUGAAUACUGUGAAUACGGUGCUGUUAGACAUGACUAUAUAGUGAAACAUACCAGGAGAGUACAUGAAAUGCCCACUAAACGGCUGUCAAAUACUAUCGUAAACCACAAACAACAGAAGCUGAGUCAAAGCACUUUAUUUGAAAAGCAGAAAUACAGUAAAACUCCUUUUCAGAAUGAACUUUCAAAUUUGUCUUCAAAAAUGGUUUGUGAGACUCCAGGUCUAGCAAGUAAAACAGCCUGUUUGUCUCAUGAUGUAGAAUGUAGCAUAAACACAGCAUCCGUCCAGGAUAAAACAACAUUGGAGCCAUCUGAAGUAAACAUAUGUGAGAAUCAAAGUGUGGAAGUUGAGGUUUAUUCUCCAAAAUUGGAGCCUUUACAACCUGGGAUGCCUUUAACAGUAAUUGCACCAUCUGAACUUGUAGUUCCUUCUAACUGUUUAGCUCAGAUAGUAGAGAUUAAAAUAGUGAAUGGAGCACAACAGCUGGUUCUUAAACUAAUUCCUAUGAAAGAUGCAACUUACAAACCUGUGAACAGUGGUGAAGAGGAACUUGAGAAUCAAGGCAUAGAACCAUCUGCAGAAGGAAAAAAACCAUCAUCUGUAUCUCAAAAUGAGUUACUAACCAUGGAAGUGAAUGUAGACAAAUUAUCCAGUGUUAGUAACCAGCUUAAUUUGGAUAGAACCUAUGACAAGAAUUCUGAAUGUCUUUGUUUUUCUGAUUCUCAACUCUCAGACUGUAAUCCUCUGUCUGUACAGAGGGAAGAUGCAUCAAAAUUCUGCUUUCAUUUGGUGAAAGGUAUUGAUGUCCAUUCUGGUGUUUUUGAACUUUGUUCUCCAUCUCUGGUGAUGAAUAACACUGAAAAAAAAAGUGAGCUUAAAUCCUCAAGGUGGGAAGUAGAUGGAAAAAAUAACUUAGAUUAUGACUUUUAUUGCUGUGAAGAACGAGUGGAUAUACCCCCUCCAAAAUAUGCUGCUAUUUCUGAAGAUAAGUGUUCAAAGAACAUUUCAGUAGAAGCUGCGCAGGAGGGCAACAAUUAUUCUUCUGCAGUCCUUAAACGAAAGGAUACGUUGUCUCUCAAGAGGGAUGACAAAGAAUGUAGGAGUCUGCCAGUCAAGUCUACAGGUACACAUUUAGCUGGUAAAUGUUUUGAUAAAAACUCUCUUAAAUUUUCUGAAGCAGGAAAAAAAAAUCAUGUCACUAAAACUCCACCUUGUGAGGACAAGACUUUUGGCUUUAGCAAAGUACGGAGAGCUGAAACCAUAAGUCAAAAGAGCAGUCUUCUUCUGGAAUCAUUAGAAUUACAGAAGAUGGAAAAUAAAGGCAAGCCUUUCGAAGGACCUGUUAUUUCAUCUGUAUUUUCUCUUAGCUCUGGGGCUGAAAAUGUCCCAGAGGGUGUCAGAUGGGAUGACACAACAUGCAGUAAGAAGUCAGCAACGCUGUUGUGUAGAAAGAUUGCUCAACUAAUGUCUGCUGCUGAAUCUAACGUGAAAUCCAUGUCUUUGAGAUGUGAAGGUUCUAGUAAAAAGGUGCUUUUCCCUCAAGAAAAUUCAGCAAGCUGUGAUAGGGUUGUUACUGCCACUGAAGUGGAACAAUCUGUGUCUCUGCCUCAAGUGCGUGGUGGAAACAGUGUUAGUAGUAGUGAAGAACAUAGUAAACAUCAGCUGCUUUCAUUUGCAAGAACAUCUAAAAGCAGGGUAACUAAAAAUUCUCAUGUUGCUACUCCAGUGUUUAUCCCCAAAGGGACAAUGCUGAGAGUGCUGAAUGCUACUAGCAGUCAAAAGUCAAAUGGAAUAGAAAACAGUGAAACAUCAGCUCCUUCUGUGUAUUGCAAUGAAAUGUUUCUGCCUCGCCCAGUUCCCAUCAGUGUUCCUGAGACACUCAGCAGUAACUUAUCAUGUUUGCCUAAUCAGAGUGAAAUGAAUGCUGACUUCCAAAGUAAAUCACUCAGGCAAAGACCAAAGCGAGAGGCAAGUGUUAAAAAUAAUGGCCAACCAACUGGUGUACUGUUUCAGAAAAACAGUGAUGUGAGUAAGCAAAGCAAACCCUAUUCAAAAAGUCAACUAGGUCCCAAAAAUAAAGCAAAACAAGGGAACUUCAGGGAGCUUCCUAAGAGGAAAACAAGAACGCAGUCGGAAACCAGCUCAAGUUCUGACAUGUCAUAUCUAUUGACAGCAAGACGGCUUCGGCUUGUCCCUCUGAGAAUGAAUCAGUUGAUAAAAUGCCCUCGUCGUAACCAGCCAGUUGUGGUACUAAACCAUCCUGAUGUUGAUUCGCCAGAGAUAAUUAAUGUCAUGAAGACUAUCAACAAGUAUAAAGGUCAAGUCCUGAAAGUGGUCCUAUCAGAAAGGACAAGUAGUUGUCUUGGUGUCAAACGUUACCGAAAGCGUCUUACUCUUCAGAAUGUUGAGACAGGAAACCAAGCAAAAAAGCAGAGUAUGCUGAAAAUGAAACUAAAAAAGACACAUAAAAACAACUACCAAGUGGUGGAAACUUCAUCAGCUGAAACAGUUCAGUCUAUGUUUAAGUGUUGGUUUUGUGGAAGAGUAUAUAUGGACCAAGAAGAAUGGAUAAGUCAUGGACAGAGGCACUUGAUAGAGGCAACCAAGGGUUGGGAUGUUCUUUCUCUUCCAGCAAAAAAGCACUAAUUGAGAGACCUGGGGGGGGACGGGACGACUUCCCCUCUUAUUUUUAAUGAGUGCCACUAACUUGCUUGGAAAGUAAGACUGAAAUAACUGCUUUAUUUUGCCAAAAGGUCUCUACUAUUAGCGAAGUGGGAGAGGAGAGCAGAGAUACAGAAAAGCUGAUAGUGAGGAUUAAGCACUACUUUGCACUCAUGUUUGAAAUCGGAGGUCAGCUUCAUCUGUUGCAUAUGAGAAAUUUGAAAAAGAUUUUCUAUGCAAGCAUCUUUCUAGUUACCAUUCUGUGCUAGAAUACUGUGCUGUGACUGGUUUGUGCUAGGUCUGUGGAUUAAAAUCAUAGCUUACGAGAUCUUUGUAAAUUUAACAGGGUUUAGUUUGUUUUAUUACAGCAUGGUGUUUCAGAGAUCAAAUGUGUGUGUACUGAAAAGCACUUCUGAUCUUCUGUGCGCAACUAAGUGUAUCUCAUAGGUUUUAGUGGCAAAUUAAGCACCAUGCAUAAAGAAUAAAACUUAAAUGCAAGAACUCUGUUUCACUGGAACAAGACCACUUCUGCUGACUUCAGAGGAGAUAGAAGGGUGUAAAUGAAGAAUCUGUGGGAUCAGAGUUAUUCCCACUUUGUCAAAUAGCACUAAAAACUUUGUUUAGUACUUAGUCUUUACCUAGCUUUUGUUGUGCAGAUGUGAGGAAGAGAGCAGAGCACUGUCAGCUUUCUGUACUAUCUUUUUUGUGAGCGGGCAGAGCUGGAAAUACCGUAAGGCCUGGACCAAAAGGAGAGAGAAGCUUUUCUCCAUGUGGCCUCAAGGCUGUUCUGAAAUCUAAGGAAGUAAUAGCCAAAUGUAAAGCCUUUACCUCUCUGUGUGUGUAGCCUGAUAGAAACACAUAUGCAGAGUAGGGCAUUUUUAGAACCCUAGUUGGUGAAUUAGUGCAUUUUGCAGGGGAACUUGCUGAAGAUGAUGACUUUUCAAAAAGAAAACCCAUGUUGCACAGCUUUUACGUUGACAGUGUUGAAACAGAUUUCCAGUGCAAUCUUUCAUCCUUUUUAAUCUUAAGAAUCUGUUUGUUGUUAGAAUAUAUUUUUGGUAGGCCUCAAUUCAUACAAGCCUGUGCCUAGUUAUAUAUGUGUGUCUAAUGUCUAUCUGCUGACUUCAGCACAGUGUGAACACUGCUCAGAUGUUUAAACACUUAACUAAGUCAGGGCCAAAUUUCAAGCUCUUUGUGAUGAAGAGAGGUGGGUGAUCCUGAAUUCUAAUGUUUCUGUACAUGAAAAGCAGGUGUCUUUCUUCAUCUUGUCAAUUUCAAGUUAUUUUAAAAUAAUACAGAGCAAACUAUAUUAAAGCACAUAUUUACAAAUAACUUCUUAUGUUUUUACAGAUAAGAAAAUCAAUGCAGACUCUAAUGCUGGAUGUGUGUUCUAUGUUUGAACUGGAACUACUCUUGAAAAGCUGGUAGUUCCUAACUCUUUUCAGUGUUGGUGUGUUUUUGUAAACAGUUUACGCUGGGAAUAUUUUUUUAUGAACUCCAGCAGACUAAACAUUGUUUUGAUAAAGUAUGUAUAGUAUCUGUAUUGAAAUGUAAAUAUUUUAAAACUACAUCUGACUGAGGCUUAUUUUCAAUACCAAUUAAAACAUUGCUUUCCAGUCAUUUUGCAAUAUAGUGUUAAAAUCCCUCAGAUUGUUGGUGCUUUAAGUCAGGUCUUUUUCAUUAUGUACACAUGGAAAAAUUUUUGUAUCAUUUGUAUUAGACUAACCUAUUCCACAGAACAAAGUUCCUUUUGUCUGUUUUGUCAAUAAUAAUGAAAUUACAGUUCUCAUUUUGUAUUCAAAAGGAAUUAUAUUUUUUUAGAUGGGUACACUAGAGGGUUUUUUCACUUCAUAUACUUUGAUGCCAAACCUAACAGUACUAUUUGCAUUUUUGAUUGUGAAAAUAGCUUCCAUUUUAAAAUUCUGGCCUUUCACUUGUAAAAAAUAUUGGAAUAGUUAACAUAAGAACAAACAUGGUUAAAUUCUUUUUUUUUUUUUUUUCUUUUUUUUUUUAAAUCCCUCAGGUUACAGUUUGGAUUUGUUUCUGUAGAAGCUACUAAAUAGUUUUGCAUUUGCUUUGUAAGAGUUUGUUGCUGUCAAAACUAGAACAUUCCUCAUGAAAGCUGUACUGGGGGAGCAGGGAGGUGUUGCUGCUCAGCAUUACAAACUUUAGGGGGGUUAAGAGUACUAGUUAUGCUUGUCUUCUGUAAGCAAGUUUACUGUUUUAUCAAAUAUCUGCAAAGCUAUGUAUGUCACUGCUACGAUCUGUCAAAAUUGUUAAGCUGUGGGUUUGUUGUUUUUUUUUUUUUUUUCAUGGGUUUAAUGUAGAAUUUUUUUAACAUGAAGCAUUUUGUACGUUAAAUUGUAUGGUGGCUAUGAAACUCUUAAAGCAGAAUGUCACGCCUCUUCCUUUUGUGAACUCUGCCAAACUGCUUAGCAGCUUCUGUUUUGUUAAUUUUUAUUCAUAUUAUUAGAUAAUGUCAGAAUAAUUCAAGUUUAGCAGUCUCAGUGGUUUUAGAGAAACAAUUAUAAUGAAUGUUCUCUUAGAUUUUGAUGAAGCAUUGAGAAAUAAAAAGGUUGCAAGGAAAUAACCAACUGCUAAAUUUGUUUUAGAGCUAGUUUGUGCCACUACAUACUACAUCAUAAAUUCAGUUGGAACAUCAUGUUUUGGGCUUGAAUGUUUUCAUUCUUCUUGUUCCUGUUCUGUAAGGUUAAAGUAACUGAGGUUGCUUUCUUGGUAUAUUGCAAUUACCUAGUCAGACUUUAGAGUGUGCUUAGAAGCAAAGGUUAUGGAUGCUUUGCAGAAAAAUGCUGGUUUGCCUUUCAUAUUUAUAAUUAAUUUAGUUAAGCCUUCCAAAACUCAAAUUACAUGAAUAAAUAUUAUCAUAUUUUUUGCUCGAAAAA